AUGUCUCGACCUUCCAGAAAGACUCCCGUAAUCAUCGGCGUUGGCGACAUCAUCAAUCGAUCCAAGAAAGUCGAAGAUGCCAUUGAGCCACUCCAGUUGAUGAUUCUCGCCAUUCAAGAUGCGAUUAAAGACACCGGACUUGAUGCUUCUGCACUUGCAACCCUACAGUCUUCGAUCGACAGCAUCGAUGUUACAAGAAGCUGGACCUGGCCGUGUGACUAUCCGACUCUGAUUGCAGAGAAGCUGUCAUGUAAUCCACUACACAAAGGCUACUCUGCCGAACACGGUGGGAACCAACCAGCGCUCUUGCUCGACAAUGCUAGUCGAAGAAUAUCUACGGGAGAAAGCAAGCUGGCUGUUGUCACUGGCGGAGAGGCUUUGGCUUCUUUGACCGCGUGUGCAGCUGCGAAGAAAAUGCCCCCGCCAGGCUGGUCCACACCCAACGAAGACGUGAGCGGAGUAUUCUCAGCUUCUAAUAGGGAGCUGAAACCAAGCUAUGGGGCCCGCCAUGGCAUCGGAAACCCAAUCCAGCUCUACCCUCUCUACGAGAACGCAUUCCGCGCACAUCGGAACCAAUCUAUUAAAGAAAACCAUGUUGAAAGUGCCGAGCUGUACGCAGAGUUCGCAAAAGUGGCAGAGAAGAAUCCCUAUGCUUGGGGUUAUCCUGCUGCAGCUGAGACGGCCGAGAGCAUUGGAACUGUUUCCAAACGCAACCGAAUGAUAUGUUUUCCCUAUCCUCUUUUGAUGAAUGCUUUCAACACAGUCAAUCUUGCUGCCGCCUGUAUAGUUACAUCUACCGAAUAUGCAAGAGAAUUGGGUAUUCCUCGUAGCAAAUGGAUCUACCCCCUCGGUGGAGCAGGCACCCAAGAUAGUACCGAUUUCUGGCAGCGUCCUACUUUCUGGUGGAGUCCAGCUAUUUCCAGAUCGCUAGACGCCGCAAUGGAAGCCUCAUCAAUCAGCAAAGACGAUAUUGACAUUUACGACAUUUACUCCUGUUUCCCCAUCGUCCCCAAACUCGCCUGUCAUCACCUCGGGCUUGCCAAGACAGGUUCGAAGAAGCCACUCACUCUACUCGGCGGGCUGACCUCAUUUGGAGGUGCUGGGAACAAUUAUUCGCUACAUGCUAUCACGGAGAUGACGCGACAACUACGCGAUGGUAAAGGCAAGACUGGUUUGAUCCUCGCGAAUGGCGGUUGGGUGACUUAUCAGCACGUUGUGUGCCUCUCGCGCAGCCCACGGAGCGAURGUCUUCCGUAUCCCGACGACAGUCCACUCCCGAAGUACGUCACGGAUGUGCACGUGCCGAAGAUUGUGGAAAUAGCCGAAGGAGAUGCUACCAUUGAAACAUACACGGUCGACUACCACCGAAACGGCAAACCAGAGAGAGGCCACAUCGUAGGGAGACUGAAGUCGAAUGGCCAGAGGUUCUUGGCCAAUCAUGCCGACGAGCAGACCUUGCAGGAGCUGUGUAGUUGGGAGGAAGAACAGGUCAGUAAGAGUGGGAGAGUUAAGAGUGACGGAAAAGGUCGCAACUUGUUCUCUUUUGCCGAAACGGCCAAGCUGUAA